AUGAGCAUUCCUAUCAGUCAGGAUGAAUGCCUAUAUCAUUCUGGAUGUCCAUGUCCUCGUCAUGAGUAUCAUUCACAGACUACUGGACAGCCGAUAAUUGAGAACCAACUCUAUGACCACUAUUGGCAGAACAGCCAGGUCAGCCAACAGACAAAUUAUGAUCCACAACUCGAAAGCAGCUCAAUCAUGGGAAAUUUAAACUCCUUUGAUAUGGGAUUUAGCAAGGAUCAAGCUCUCUUGAGUUCCUUUCCCGAAAGCAACGAUACGUGGCAGGCAGCUUCACCCCACUUUAUGUCACCUUCUGCCCAAGCCAGUCCCUUCAAUUCAAUAGCAGAGCCUGGUAUUUCAAAUGAGGGUCUCUAUUUAGACACCACAAUGGAGUCCUUUAACUCCGAUAUGAACAUGAAUGCUGGUUUCGAUGCCAAUCUACCUAUGCAGUCAUUCAUCCCAAGUCCACCAUUCCAAUCCAGUACGGAAUCUGCAAUCAGCACCACCUCGCAUUCAUGUCUGGACUACCCACUCGGAUCUGAAAAUUCCAAUGAGCCAAUAUACAAUUUUUCCAGUCCUUCAAGCUCUCUUUUACCCAAAAAUAUGGCUUAUCAGUCUCUUUCUGCUUCACCCCUCUACUCCGAAAACUCACCCAUACCCACUCUGAACCCACCACUUGAAAGCACAACCCCGUCUUGCUUAACUCAAAAUCUCCCUUCAUGUAUCCUCACAGCAACCAAGUCACUUCGUUUACUCCACACUCGCCAAACAAAAUGCCUAUCUCGAAACAAGCACGGUGGCAACAAUACCGAGCCACCGCGAAUGUCUGGCUCGGUUCUAAAAGAUAACAAGGAAGUCGGGAUGUCUGUUUGUCGAAUGCUACAAUGUGCCUGUGUUCUUCGUCCACAAAACCAGCUUUUAUUAGCAACAAUCUGCUCCAGGCUCGUAGUCUGGUACCAAACGAUGAUUCGAACAUGUUUCCUUCGCCAAGGGAGCAAUGAGAUUGAUAAUACCAAACCGAUACCAGAGAAAGUUUCCCAUCAGGCUGUAACCAUUGGUGAUCAUACAGUUGAUAACUUGGCUCUGGGAUCAAAUAUUGAGGCCAUGAUAAUACUGGGAGAGCUGAAUCAUUUACAGCGCUUGGUCAAUACUCUUUCAGUUCGCAUUCGACAAACUGAAACAUUGCAUUCAUCUGGCUUAGCUGUGGAUGGCGAUAGUCCGUCUGCAGGCCUACCGGGAAUUGCGCAUGAUCGAUUAGUGAUACACUUAUUGAAGGAGGUUCAAACAGCCAGGGAAGAUUUGAUUUUAGCUUUGAAUCAGGUCCCAGAAUCUUCCAUGUGA